GACUACUACAAGGUGCUUGGAGUCCCGCGGUCGGCCGACGCGAAGAAGAUCAAGAAGGCCUACCGCAAGCUUGCGCUGGAGUGGCAUCCCGACAAGAACCCGGACAAGACCGAGGAGGCCGAGGCAAAAUUCAGGGAGAUUACGGAGGCCUACACCGUCCUCACUGACGACGAGAAGCGGCGUGUCUACGAUCAGUUUGGCGAGGCCGGCCUCAAGGGCGAAGCCGGCUCCGGCGGCCCCGGCUUCGGCGGCGGCGCGGGCAUGAAUGUUGACCCCCGCGAGAUCUUCAAGCAGUUCUUUGGCGGCGCCGACCCUUUUGGA